UGAAAGCCUUUACCAUUGCUAGGUUUCCGAUUUGCGGUUAUGUAGGAACGCCUUGUAAACAAACUGAAUGCUAUAUAUGCCGUGCACAUUUUCAGGACCAAAACUGCGUUGAUAAUGGUCGCGUUUUGAAAAGCCGUUAAACCUCACGGCCCGAGGUCUUUGAACCCCUUGUAUGGGCUCCGAGAUUGCGCCAGUUAACCCAGUCAGGUAUUGCUUGUCUAGGGUAAACUGUUUCUUAAGAGGGUCAAUAAACACAUUCUCCCAACACAGCGUUCUUUUGAACUCUUAAUCAAGGCGGGGCGUGUUAAUUAUAGAUGUUUAAAGCAAUUUGUAGCGAGCUAACGACUGGUAAUCGCUCUCAUAAGGAUCCCAACAGCGAGUUGACAUAUGUGGAAAUCGAUCUUUGGGUUUCUUGGUUGGCAGGUGUAGAAUUCUUUUCCAUUGAAUGUGUAUAUAUACAUUUAUAUAUACUGCGAUCAAUCACAAAGAAAUCCAUUGACAAUUUCAAGUGUUAAACGCUUAUGAAGGAACUGUGUCCAAAUUCAAAGCUAUUCAAAGGCAGUUAUUAUGGUGCCAUAUUGAAGGUUGGGCUGGCAGCCAAUCAAAGAGGCGUAUUUAAACGCUAAAGCAAUACUGAUUGUGUUUUGUAUCAAGUUUAUUUGCAAUCACACGGUAGUUUGGCUCAAACUCUUGCCACACAAACAUCGAAUCUUGAGACGUUCAAAGGGUCGCCCAACAGUGAAACUCGUGACACAGAACAUGUCGAUUACUACCCCGAGGGAAACGAACAGCGCUUUCAAAGGUCUCGACUCAGAAAUGGUUCAUUACAACGAACACCGGAGCGUCGUUCAUCCGAGUAGCUUCUAUCACGAAAGUUGCAUGCCCAGUUAUCAACCAUCGUUCAAUUGUAUCCCUUGGGAGUUCGGGUUAUACGGCGUGGAUCCGUAUUACCAAACCCUCUUCUCAUAUCACCGAGGUUUUCCUGGCUCGCCCCAAUUCUUCCAUCGCACCUUCAAAUCAUUCUACACAGACGAAGAAAAGCCGAAUCAGUCCUACAUCGGUUUGAUAGGCCAGGCAAUCAUGAGUAGCCCAGAGAAGAAAAUGGUUCUAAGCGAUAUUUACAAAUGGGUGCUAACCCAUUAUCCAUAUUUUCGCAACAAGGGACCUGGUUGGAAGAACAGCGUGCGACAUAACUUAUCCUUGAACGAUUGCUUUGUGAAGGCAGGUCGAAGUCCAAACGGCAAAGGGAACUACUGGGCAAUCAAUCCUGAAAACUACGAUGAUUUUCGCAAGGGGGACUUCAGGAGACGUCGGGCGCAGAGACGAUCACGCAAAUCAGGUCAAAAUGUGGAAAGUCAAACGUCCGUGGAAGACGCUUCGACCUCUAAGACCCAGCAAGACGCAGCAGCGAUCAGCGAAGAUGAGCCUUGUGUUGCAACGCAGACAGCCCCAGAUCUCGAGAGCAGUCGUUUGAAUUUUAAAGAUGACAGCAAAAGACGAACUUUUGAUGUUGAGAAUCUACUGCGAAUUGAGACCUCAGAAUAAACAACUACGAUGAAGAGCACGAAUGGUUUUAUCCCUGCGUUGAGCACGAAGCAUUGCAGUAUAUAGUCUGUACAAUCAUGACUGUAGACUCAGAGAGAGGAUAGCAAGGAUUAGCCUGGAAAACAUCAGAAACAUAUCAAGACAAGUUUUGGGAAUAUAUAUAUAAAUAUAUAUACAGGAAGUCGAUUCAUUGAGGCUUCGUAAAAAAAUUAAAGAACACACUGUAUAAAAGGUCUUUUCAUAUACAUCGCUCAAUCUUUCACAAACGUUUUAAGCCUAUAGGACCCGAUAAAGAUAUACAAACGAGAAUGUUUUCCUAGUGUCCUCGAAGGAAUUGGUUUAUUGCUGUCUCAUCUUCCAUCAAGAGACAAUUGCGAUACAAUAGCGUGCAUAUAGGGACCUAUAGACUAGCUGUCAAGAUAAUUGACAUUCGUUAGUGUUGAUAUGUUGCCUCGAAACCCGGGCAUCAAUAGGAAGUAUAUAUAUUUUGCUCAUAUUCAUUGGGGGUUAGUGUUUGUGUAUG